GAUUGCCAGAGUGGUGCCAGAUGUGGUUGUGAAAAGGGAUUUGUUUAUCAUCAAAAUUCCGAAAGUGCAGUUACAAUUAAUUUUGACAGUCAGUGGAAGAUUGCCGAAAACAUUGGUAAUGUUUCAAUUAUAGGGUCCCAGCUGAUUGAGCACAUCACUUUAUUUUAAUUGGAUAACUUAUUUAACUAGUUAAUCACAUAGUUUCUGUUUUGUUGUAGAUACUGACGGAUUUUACGGAGUUAUAAUUCUUCAUGGUGCAAGAACAUUUGAAAUUGCUUACAGCACCAGUGGAUCGUGCCUUUGCUGGCAAAGCACCGUGGCAAAUUGUGGCCAUUACAACCAGCACGGUUUUGGGGGCUAUAUGGCUGUGGGAAUUGCUGAGUGAAGAUGAAAGUCUUUACUCGCGCUUCAAACGGAGUUUCUUCAAACUGGCACGUCGAAUUCCAUCUGUUCGUCAAAAAAUAGAAACCGAAAUAGCCAAAAUCAACGAGGGUUUUACCAAAGAUGCCGCACAAUACGGUCAAUUCACCACUGUUCUGCCACAAGAUGGUCUGAAACAAGAUCAAAUCUUGCAAAAAGUUGAUGAGUAUCUUGCCCUCGGUCACUACAAAUGGAAGGAAGGCUUUAUUUCCGGGGCGGUAUACUAUUUCAACCCGGACUUGGUGAAGUUGGUGACGGAAGUGUACGGAAAGGCAUCGUACACUAAUCCAUUGCAUGCGGAUGUAUUCCCUGGAAUUUGCAAAAUGGAAGCUGAAGUGAUUCGCAUGACGGCAACACUAUUCAACGGUAGUGCGAAGGCAUGUGGCACGAUGACUACGGGUGGGACUGAGUCCAUCAUGAUGGCUUGCAAAGCCUACAGAGAUUACGGACGAGACGUGAAGGGUAUCACAAAGCCAAAUAUCGUAUUGCCAGUAACAGCUCAUACUGCUUUCGAUAAGUCUGCCAAGUACUUUGGAAUGUUUACCAAAACGGUGCCAAUCGAUCCUGCAACUACUGAAGUCGAUGUUAAGGCUAUGGAACGAGCGAUCAACCGAAACACAGUCAUGUUGGUAGGAUCAGCUCCGAACUAUCCGUACGGCACUAUGGACAAUAUCGAAGCCAUUGCCAAGUUGGGCAAAAAGUACAACAUCCCUGUACACGUGGAUGCCUGUUUAGGAGGAUUCCUGAUUAUUUUCAUGAGACGUGCUGGAUACGAAGUAAAACCAUUCGAUUUCAGCUUGGAUGGCGUUACCAGCAUUUCUGCGGAUACUCACAAGUAUGGAUUUACUCCAAAAGGAUCAUCAGUGAUAUUGUAUUCGGAGAAAAAAUAUCGUCAUUAUCAGUACACAGUAACGACUGACUGGCCAGGAGGUGUGUACGGUUCACCAACUGUCAAUGGAUCUCGUGCCGGUGGAAUUAUUGCAGCCACUUGGGCCACGAUGAUGAACUUCGGCCUCGACGGCUACGUGGAAGCUACUAAGCGAAUAAUUGACACUGCUCGCUACAUAGAAGCACAGCUUCGCAAGGUCGAUAGUAUUUAUGUGUUCGGUACUCCAGCGACAAGUGUGGUGGCUAUUGGGUCGAAAGAUUUCGAUAUUUUCCGUCUAUCCGCCGAGCUGAACUCCUUAGGGUGGAAUCUGAAUUCACUUCAGUUCCCUUCAGGGAUUCACAUAUGCGUUACUUACAUGCAUACUCAAGAUGGAAUUGCUGACAAGUUCGUGAACGACGUCCGCACCAAGGUCGCAUUAGUCAUGAAGAACCCGGAGAAACCAGUGGAAGGAAAGAUGGCUAUCUAUGGAGUAGCUCAAGCUGUGCCUGAUCGGGAAGUGAUAGGUGAUUUCACCAAAUGUUUCAUCGACUCCAUGUACUACACACCAGACAGCCACUAAUGUGAAGGAUGUGAUGUGCAUAAGGCACGAAAAUGUCGGCAUGAUGACAUGAUCAAGUCGCCGAAGAAUGUGCCGAUAAUGCAUUUAAGUGUUAAAAAUAACUGACUCAUAAGAAAUAUAUUUAUGAAAGUUGAAA